GCACUGAUGGAUGACACUGAAAGUCAGCUCAGAUGGACACUGAUAUGUGGCAUUAAUGUGCACUGGUAGGCACUGAAAUGUGGCACUGAUGGGCACUGGCAGGUGGCAUGGAUGAGCACUAACACAUGGCACUGAUGGACACUGACAGGUGGCACUGCUGGGGCUACACUGAUCAUCAGGGCACACUGAUCAUCAGUGCUCUGAUGAUCACUGUCAGCGUGACAGCUCGUGAACAGAGAAAUGCCGAUAACCGGCAUUUCCCUGUUUACAUGUGAUCAGCUGUGAUUGGACACAGCUGAU